AUGGCGGAUGGCCACACAGGACUGAACUUACCUGAACCACCAACCAUCACAGCCCCACAUGUAAGCUUGGAACAAUGGCUCAACAAGCUCUUCCUCCGCUUCUGGGCACAGCCUGAAGCUCGGAUCAAACCCACACGAGCACAAAACCGGGGGAGCCACCAGAGGGGUAAAGAGCGGCUUGCACAGGUACGCCCUCUGGGCACUCGCAACCCAUGAGCCAUGA